AUGGGUGACGGUGACGUCCUGGUGACUGCGCUUGUCCUGCUGCUGGCCGCCGUGGCUGUCUGGUGGGCCUUUGGCCACCGGCAACAACGGAGCCGGCAGACACGGAGAGCGAUGUGGAGCAAGCGCCCCGGGGCCCGGCCCAGAGGCUCACGGAGGAAGCGAGGAGCCCCUGCGACUCCCAGGGGCUGCAGCCCCGGCCGUCGGCAGGAGCAGAGCCCAGCCCACGCCGCCGGGGACAGCGCCGGUGCCGCCCUGCCCCGCUGGCCCGGGGCUGCCGCAGCCGCCUGUGCGCGCUGCCCCGGCCCGGCUCUGCCGCUCGCCAGCCCGGCGGCUGCAGGGCGGCGGCCGCUGCCCGGCGCGCAGCAGGAAGCGGGUGAGAGCGCGGCGGCCCGCGGGGCCCGGCCCGCUCCACUCGCGGCACUUGCGGGAGGGGCGGGCCCUGGGCGCAAGGCUGAUGGCUCGCUCUUGGCCGCAGGGCAAAGGGAGCAGCGGCAGGAGCUGUACCUGUGGGGCCCGCAGCUGGGCAGCGGCGGCUUCGGCACCGUCUUCUCGGGCAUCCGCCUCUCGGACGGCAGCCCGGUGGCCCUCAAACGCGUGGCCCGGGAGAGCGUCCUGCAGUGGGACGAGCUGCCCGACGGCACCCGCGUGCCCAUGGAGGUGGCGCUCAUGGAGAAGGUGGGCUCUGGCUGCCACAACAUCAUCCAGCUCCUCGACUGGUUUGAGCUGCCCGACAGCUUCGUGCUGGUCCUGGAGCGUCCGCAGGCAUCGCAGGAUCUCCUGCAGUUCCUGCAGGAGCAGGGGUGCCUGUGCGAGGAGCAGGCGCGCUGGCUUUUCUGCCAGGUGCUGGAGGCCGUGCGGCACUGCACCGCCUGCGGCGUCCUGCACCGGGACAUCAAGCCAGAGAACCUCCUCGUGGACCCGGAGAGCGGCGACCUGAAGCUCAUCGACUUCGGUUGUGGCACCUUCCUCCAGGAGCGGGCCUUCUCGGGCUUUGCCGGAACGCACGCGUACAGCCCGCCCGAGUGGAUCUGGCUGGGUUACUACCACGGCCACGCGGCCACCAUCUGGUCCCUGGGCGUGCUGCUUUACGUCAUGGUCUGCGGCAGCCUCCCCUUCCAGGACGACCCUGACAUUGUGCUGGGGAAGGUCUUCUUCCAGCGGCAGGUCUCUCCAGAGCUCCAGCACCUGAUCCGAUGGUGUUUGGCCAAGCAGCCUGCGGACAGGCCGGAGCUGGAGGAGGUCUCAUGCCACCCUUGGGUGCGGGGCCGGCGUUUUUGAUGCCUUGCCGGAGCCUCUGCAGCACCCACUUACCAAGUCCCCCUUCCGACACCGCUCCUCGAUGACAUCCGAGAGGCUGGCCGUGCCGCGCUGUUGAAGAUCCCAGACGGCAAAACUCCCUC